AGCGGAUUUUCGCGAUAAAAUUGUCUGCUGCUAGUCCCACGUUACAUGCAGCCUCCGCCUGCGCUCGAAAUUUCACGUAUCGCAUCGACUCUCAUCCGAUAAAAAUGAGUUGCAAACAACAUUGAGUGCUUUCGGCAUUGCGUAAUUUAUACAGAAGCCACAUCGGAGUUCGUGCGAUUAUUAUUGCCUUCGGCCAAGUAAUCCCAGUCCCCCAAGUUUCCCACCCGUUCAGUACACUCUCGGUUUGACGGUAGCAGAACAAUUUUUGCAACGCCUUAAAAAUCACACAUCAUCCCAAUGAGAUACUUACAUUCAAUUUUCAGGAAAGUUAAUUCUAAUAUAAUACAGACUAGAAUGGCGCAGAAAAUUACCCAAAGAUCUAAUUCUAGUGAUAUCGGUUGCUUAGAGGAUAUUGAGCCACCUAUCAAUAAGUUUUUGAGAGGAAAAUACAAGAGGAGUUUUGCGCAUAAAACUAUCAAGGAUAGAUUACCCGUUAUACUGACAAAAGUAGUUGAUAAUCUAAGUCGAAAUAAAGAUGCGAUAGUGCAAGAAAAGGGAGCGGAAGCUACACAAGAAAUAAAAACAGUUAUUGGGGCUGUAAGUAAGUUGAGAAAUGAGCUCAUGACCAAUAAAGCACUCCUUCCUUUAGAACCAUUACCAGGUAGGACCAACGAUGAUACUCAAGUGUGGAAUGAUAAAAUUGAAAAACUUUCCAAAGAGGAGGGUGAAACACAAACAUGGUACAAUGCAAUAUGGCUCAUUAGUGAGUGCUAUAUGUACAGACGAAUGGCACAAGAAUUAAUGUCAACAAAGCAUUUGAAAACAUAUGAUCCUUUUGAAAUUCAAAAACAAGAAGGAUUUACUAUGGCAGCAACAAGCGUUGCUUAUUUAGCAGAGUAUGUGUUGGAAUGUGUACAUACAAAAAAAGAUGAAGCAUCAUCAGUACAACAUUUAUCUAAUUUAAUGAAAUUAAACCUUUGGGGUAACAGAUGCGACCUUUCACUGAGCGCAGGUGUUGUGAGCUCAAAAGAGUUCAAUCCAUUAGAUUCAUUAGAAAAGUUGAACAAACAGAUUUUAGUUGAUGACAGUCAUCAAGUGUCUGAAUUUUUAGUAAAAAAUCAACAAUCUGGAAAUACUAAUUCUACAAUUGAUACAGUUCUUGAUAAUGCUGGAUAUGAGUUGUUUACUGACUUAUGUUUGGCCAUUUAUAUUUUGGAAAAAAGUGUGGUCAAAAAAAUGAGGUUUUAUGUAAAAAGAUAUCCAUGGUUUGUUAGUGAUGUUAUGACCAAAGAUUUUCAUUGGCUAAUUGAAAUAAUGAAAAAAUCAGAUAAUCAAAGUAUUCAAACUUUUGGUGGUUUAUGUGAAAAGCAUUUAAAAUCUGGUGCAAUAACUAUUGAAGAGGAGUCAUUUUGGACUGAUCCAUACGAUUUUUCGGAAAUGCCGACUCAUGAUCAAACUUUGUACAAAAAAUUAUCUGAAGCUAUUUUAGUAAUUUUCAAAGGAGAUCUUAACUAUCGUAAACUUAUGGGGGAUGUGAAUUGGGAAACUACUACUGAUUUUACUCAUGCUUUACGUGGAUUCCAGCCAUCACGUCUAGUUAGCUUUAGAACAAUCAAAGCUGAUGUAUGUUCUGGUUUACCGCAAGGGGUAGCUGACUCAUUGAAAAAAGAAGAUCCCCAUUGGAUGGAAACUGGUCGUUUUGGUUUAAUACAAGCUAGUUUUCCAAAUAAAUAAGUUUUUUUUGAAUAUGCAAACAAGUUGUUAAUAAUCAUAUAAAAUUUGAUAUAAUCUAUUUUGUUUUGCUUACUCUGCAUUUUUGACUAUUUUUAAAAAUGUGUAAGCUUUGGAAUUAUUUAAAUCAGAGAAUGAAUGAGUAAAUUUCUUGUUUUCUUUGAAACUAGAUAAAAUAAAGAAUUUAAUGUAUGAAUCAUGUUUUUUAUCAUAAUAAAUGAAUAUAUUUUCGAAAA